GUUCACAGAAAUUGCGUGCAUGCGCGCACACACUGAACCUAAAAGCAAAAUCUGCUCUUGUCAGUAUUCAGUUACUAUGAAUUCAGGACGCUCGUGUGAAAUUCUAGUCUUGCAAAAUGCAUGGAAAGAGGAGACGCAAAUGGGCCUCAAAAAAACUUCUUUCGCAUUUGCAAAUGAKGUUCCGAUGGAAAKAUCUCUGAGAGACAAAGAGCAGGAGGACAAAUUUGUUGAAAAGGUUCGACGCUUGAUGAAGUYAUGUGACCUGUCAUCACGAAAAGCUAUGGACGAGGCUCGWUUGGAUCUUAUUCUUGAAUCGUUCGAUGGYGAUGGAAAGAGCUGUGCCUUAUAUUUAUUGACCGAAUGGAGCUAUGAGCCACAUAUCAAUCGAUACUUGCAAAUGCUGUACAUGCGCGGAUUGUACAAUUCUCUGGAGGACUAUCAAGAUCACUAUGGCAACAAUCCUCUACAUCUUUCCGCUGCCAGAGGACAUAUCACUGUUUCCCAGUAUCUCGCGGACAAGUAUCCUCAAAUGGUCAUGAGUACGAACUCCGAGAGUGACUUACCCGUAGAAAUCGCUUUGAAGGGUUGUCAUGACGACGUGGCAGCUUUUCUUAUGAGACGAAUGAGCCACUAUAGUGUUUUGGAGCUCUUUAGAGCUACCAAAUCUGACAAGGCAAGAAUAAACUUUGUGGAAGUUGUACGCAAAUUUACCAUGCAGAAAACCAUUUCAGUGAUAUUAGACGCAAUGGUCAUUCCAAAGUGGCCCUAUCCAGUUAGUCUUCACUAUCACAACACUUUGAUAGGAGAGUGGCAACAGCUUGAAGAUCAACCAACUCAUUUUGAAAUUCGUUACGAUCUGCUCGAUGUUGAUCAAAAUGGCCGCGAUCCGCAUCAUCCCGAGUACAAGUAUUGUCCAAAGUCCGCGUUUUACUAUAUAACAAGGCAUUGUAAUAAAUCGCUGCAAAAGAAUAUACUGUUCCAUCCAGUUAUCAAGUUUGCAUCGGAGAGAAAGUGGCAAAAAUACGCAAAAUUUUGGUUUAGGUUUCGGUUUCUGAACUACUGCCUGUUCAUUGGGAUCCUAGCUAGUGCAAUGCUUGGACUGGUUGGUCAGUCAGAUAAGAGACCAGUCAGUUCCAAAAAUGUUGGCGUCUUCAUGAAAGACCCCAUUAACAACAUCCAAUUCAUGUGGUGUUUGCUUAUGUCCCUGUGGUUUCUUCUAGAUGAGUUCUCUGAAUUUCGACGGGAACCACAGCAAUACGUCAGGGAUUGGACGAAUUACUGGGAUGUGUCACGCAAUSUACUUUUGAUUGCCACAAUGUUUUUUAGAUUCUCCACUGAGCACCCAACGUUUUGGUACAUAGCAUCACUUACAGUCUUCAUGAAUUCCAUGGGAAUUUUCAAGUAUUCACUCGUAUUCAGAUUCACAUCAUCUUAUACCCGUGCUUUUGGUCUUGUCAUCUUCAAGGAUAUGCCUCGUUUUAUGCUGGUCUUCAUGAUAGUUACUUCGUCAUUUGUGCUGUCAAUUAUCAUAUCAUUACGUCAUGUUCACCCUAAUUUGACGCUACAACAACUUGUUCAACAAAGUGGUUUUGGGUUGAUGGGAACUUCAAAUGGAACUUGUAGUCAUUUGAAUGGGCAGAGUUGCAUUUUGCUUUCUAUGCUAAAGGUKUGGGCACUCGGAAGUCCUCUGUUGGAAAACUCAUUUGAUUUUAUAGGGCCAUUCACUAGUGUCCUUGUGUGUCUACUCAGUCUGACAGUGUCAGUGGURUUGUUCAAUGUCCUUAUUGCACAGCUUAGCCAUACAUAUGAAAUGGUUCAAGAAGAUUCACAUCUUUCUUCCUUUGUGGAGCUCAUGAAUGCCAUUACUACAGUUGAAUUCCAAAGUAGAUUCAAAAUUUGGCAAGUAAGAACAAAAUAUUUCCUGGAAAAAGAAAUCAAAACUACAGAUGAGAUGAAAGAACACAUGCAAGCAUACAAGGAGUCUUUGAUGGAGAAUUCAAAUCACUGCACACAUGUUGAGAAAAAACUUCACCAUAUGAAUAACACACUUGAAGAUCUUAGAGAUAAACUGGACAMAGUUCUGGAAAAACAGAACACUUCAGUUUCAAAACCAUUAACUCAGUAAAURUGACGAGGAUCUCAAACAUUCCUAAUGUUGUAUUUCAUGUAAAUAUUUAGAUGGUUUAGAUUAUAUGCAAAUCUAUUCACAUUGAAAAUAAUAUAAGUACAGUUAAAAAAAAAAGGAAAUUA